CUGGGGAAAUGAAAUUUAUUCGAGUGCAUGUAGCAAAAAUGAUGCGAAUUCUGGUUCUGUCCUUUGUGGGCUGGUUGGUGGUUCUCGAGCUUAUAAUAUUUUUCCGCAGUUCUGCCUUCUACGAGCUUCAUGAGAUUGUGUUCAAGCCAUACAAGGAGUCGAUAAGUAGCUAUGACGUUGGCAUACGGGCGCAGCAGUGGGACGACAAACUCAUAGGCAAGCUACUUUAUGAGAAUGUCCGUGUGCAUUGCCUGCUUUAUUUUGAGGAUUUGGACAACGGAUUCGAUGAAAUGAAGGCUGAGCACAUCCGGAAGACUUGGGGCUGUCGCUGCAAUCAAUUGUUUAUAUUCAAUUCGAGGGAGAUCAGUCUGACGGAGGCGUAUCUUGGGAUCUAUCGCAACCACCACAUUAAAUUGGAUUGGCUGUUGAGCGUCUCUAUGGGAACCUAUGUGAUUAUGGAAAAUCUCCGCCAUAUGCUGGCCCACUAUUCAGCUUCGCAGGCGCUCUACUUCAGUGCCGAACACGGCUUCUAUUCCUACGCUCAUGUGGGCAAAGUCGCAUCCACCGAUCACAUUUUCAGUCGUGGAGCACUAGAGCACCUUUUGGCAGAGAAUUGCCUGCAGGAUGGCUCCAGCUUGAGGUCGUGCUUGGCUCGAAUGGGUCGUGGACCAAGCGACGCUCUUUUACCAUUCAAUGUUCAGGAAGAGUUGUUGCCCUUCCACCUGCGCACCAAGUUCUGGCUGUGGCCCUGCAUCUAUCGAUCGGUCUACGGAAAUCAGGGUUUGGAGAGCUGCUUUGGUCGUGGUAUCCUUUACCCAUACGUCAAUGCGAAUCAGUUGCACGUCCUGGACUUUCUGCUGUAUCACCUGCGACCCUAUGGAUACGUCAAUUCACUGCCAGAGCUAAGGUCCGUACAUUUCCCCACUCACAUACCGGCCAGGGCACUCAAUGAUACACUGGCCAGACGGCUGCGCCAAUCCGUGCGGGUUCUCUGUCUAGUCCUGACCUGGCCCACAAAUCACCUCAGGGGCGCGAAAACCAUAAGCGAAACCUGGGGACGCCACUGCAACAGGGUGGUCUUUUACAGCAGCUCCCCUCACGUGGGAAUACCUGGAGAGGGAGUGGAAAUUGUUGGCCUGAACAUCAGCGAUAGCUACGAUUUCCUUUGGGGCAAGACAAAGGCCGCCUUCAGCCAUGCCUAUAGGCACUAUCGCCAUGAGGCGGACUGGUUCUUUAAGGCCGACGACGAUACCUAUGCUAUAAUUGAGAAUAUGCGCUAUAUGCUCUCCAGCUAUUCCCCGGAUACUCCUAUUCACUUUGGCUGUAACUUUCAUUUGGCGAAUGUUUCUUAUAUGUCCGGUGGAGCUGGCUAUGUGCUCAGCAGGAAGGCCCUUCAGAUGUUCAUCACCCGAGGAAUCGGCAAAUCGAUUUGCAGGGCGGGAGGCGAAGGAACGGAGGACUAUCAAAUGGGAAUCUGCAUGAAUGCGUUAAAUGUCAUGGACGGUGACUCUAGAGACCUCUAUCAUCGACAGAGAUUCUUUCCAAUUGGCCUAGAGUACUAUCUCAUACCAGGCCGAGCUGACGCCAUCGAUUGGUUGAAAAAGGUUCAGACAUAUACAUUCCAAAAAGGCAUCAACUGCUGUUCAACCUAUUCGAUUACAAUGCACAAAGUGUCUCCCUAUGAAAUGCAUUUUCUAGAAACAAUUUUAUAUAGCGCGCGUCCGUAUGGCAUCAUAAUGGGGCAUCCCACGUCUAAGAAAGUGCAAUCAAGAGUAUAUAAUGUUACAUAUCCAUCUAAUCAAGAGACCAACAAUAAUCCAAUUGUCGCAUUUUACUCGAAGCCGUCUAAAUAA